AUGUCGAAGCAGUACACCAUCGUCAUCAAGUUGGGCACUUCGUCGUUGGUGGACGAAGUCACCAGAGAGCCUCGUAUCGCCAACCUCUCGAACAUCGUGGAAACGGUGGUGAAGCUCAGAAGAGCGGGCCACAGAAUUGUUGUGGUGCUGAGUGGCGCCAUUGCGUUUGGCAUGAAAAGAGUGAACACCCACGAAAGACCCAAGCAGUUGGCGGCAUUCCAGGCGUUGGCGUCGAUUGGCCAGGGGAGACUCAUUGGCCUCUUUGAUGACUUGUUCAGGCAGUUGAACCAGCCCAUCGCCCAGAUUUUGCUCACGAGAAACGAUAUCAUCGACUUUGCCCAGUACAGAAACGCCACCAACACGUUGAACGAGCUUUUGGCCAUGGACGUGGUGCCGAUCGUCAACGAGAACGACACCUUGAGCGUGGCCGAGAUCAAGUUUGGCGACAAUGACACGCUCUCUGCCAUCACGGCAGGAAUGAUCCACGCUGACUAUUUGUUCUUGAUGACAGACGUCGAGUGCUUGUACAGCGACAAUCCUCGGUUGAACCCCGAGGCAGAGCCCAUCGUCGUGGUGGACAAGAUCGACGACAUUGCCGUUUCAACAGAGGAGGAGAGCGGCGGCAGCAAGGUCGGCACUGGUGGCAUGACCACGAAGCUCAUUGCCGCCGAAUUGGCUACCAAUGUGGGUGUCACCACCAUUAUCACGUUGUCCACGCAACCACACUGUAUUUUGGACAUUGUGCUGAAUAUUCAGGAAACUGACGAGAGCUGGACUCCGGCGCAGCAGGCCCAAGACCAGCAGAUCCGGUCCGAUCGCCGCUUCUGGCUCUUGCAUGGUCUCAAAACCAAAGGUACCAUCUACAUUGACCGUGGAUGUUUCCAGGCUCUCACUCGUAAAGACCGUGCGGGCUUAUUGCCUGUGGGUGUUGUUGCCGUGAAGGGCAACUUCCAUGUUCACGACUGUGUGUCGAUUGAGGUACUCCCAACGAGAGAAAGCGAAUUGAGCGAAGGUGUAGAAGUGGGCCACUGUCGUGUAAACUAUUCAAGCGCCGAAAUCGAAUUGAUUAAGGGCCAGCAGCUGGCUGACAUCGAGAACAUCUUGGGCUUCUCUGACACCGAGUACAUUGCCCACAGAGACAACUUGGCGUUCCCUCCUUCGCUUCCAACUCCUGCCACCGAGCUACAAGCGAUGAGUUUGGACGAUAAGCAGGAUGAAAAGAAGAAGGAACAGGCGGAAAAUGGCAACAAGGAGGAAAAAGUGGACAGUCACUAG